AUGUCUCUCCUCGAUGAACCAGUGCCGGAAGAUGAGUACAGCUAUGGCGAAAACAUCGGCCAGAUGCUCCGCAACGACGAACACCGGUUGAUCGUCAACCAGCCCGUGGAGUACCUCCCCGCGCUGGAGACCGCGCUCGUCGAAGUCGUCAACCGCGUCCACGACAAGGACAAGCACGAGAUCGAGGGCAAAACCUACCGCGUCGGCCUCAGCGGCUCCUUCGGCGACCACCACGUUAGCCCGCGCAACCUCCGCGCCGCACAGCUCGGCCGGAUGAUCUCGCUCGAAGGUAUCAUCACCCGGUGCUCGCUCGUCCGGCCGAAGAUGGUGCGGUCCAUCCACUUCUGCGCCGAGACCGGCCUGCACCACUCGCGCGAGUACCGCGACGCGGCGACGUCGACCUCAAACCUGCCGCCCACGUCGUCCAUCACGCCGCAGAAGGACGACGAGGGCCACCUGCUCGAGAUGGAGUACGGCUUCUGCGAGUUCCGCGACCAGCAGAGGAUCAGCAUCCAGGAGAUGCCGGAGCGCUCGCCCGCGGGGCAGCUCCCCCGGAGCACGGACGUCAUCCUCGACGGCGACCUGGUGGACAAGUGCAAGCCUGGGGACCGGAUACAGCUCGUCGGCGUGUACCGCAGCGUCGGUGGCGGCGCGAGCGGCUCUUUCAAAUCCCUAAUCCUGGCCAACAACAUCAACCUGCUGUCGUCCAAAGUUGGCGGCGGCAUUGCACAGACGCCUAUCACCGACUGGGACAUCCGGCAGAUCAACCAGCUCGCGAAACGCUCCGGGAUCUUCAACCUGCUUUCGCAGUCCCUCGCGCCAUCCAUCUACGGCCACGACAAGAUCAAGGAAGCAAUUCUGCUCCUGCUCCUUGGCGGCGCGGAGAAGAACCUCCCGAACGGCACGCACAUCCGCGGGGACAUCAACAUCCUCAUGGUCGGCGACCCGUCGACGGCCAAGUCGCAGAUGCUCCGCUUCGUGCUCGGCACCGCGCCCCUCGCGAUCGCGACCACGGGGCGCGGCUCGUCGGGCGUCGGUCUCACCGCGGCGGUGACCACGGACAAGGACACGGGCGAGCGGCGGCUCGAGGCGGGCGCGAUGGUCCUCGCGGACCGCGGCGUGGUGUGCAUCGACGAGUUCGACAAGAUGUCGGACAUCGACCGGGUCGCGAUCCACGAGGUCAUGGAGCAGCAAACGGUCACGAUCGCCAAGGCCGGCAUCCACACCACGCUCAAUGCCCGCUGCAGCGUCGUCGCCGCCGCGAACCCGAUCUACGGCCAGUACGACGUGCACAAGGACCCGCACAAGAACAUCGCGCUCCCGGACUCGCUCCUCUCGCGUUUCGACCUGCUCUUCGUCGUCACCGACGACGUCGACGAGACGCGCGACCGGAUGAUCGCGGACCACGAGGGCACGCCCGUCGCGGACUCGCUCGCGCAGCCGCUCGCGGUCGACGGCCCGCGCGGCGCCGCGGGGGACGAGGACGAGCGGGAGCCGUCCCCGUUCGAGAAGUUCGACCCGCUGCUGCACGUCGGCGUCGGCGCGGCGCACCGCGGCGCGCGGCGGAGCGGGCGCGCGAAGAAGCCGGAGAUCCUGAGCAUCGCGUUCGUGAAGAAGUACGUGCAGUACGCGAAGAGCAAGCCCGCGCCGAAGCUCACCCAGGGCGCGGCGAACCACAUCGUGAACGUGUACGCGACGCUCAGGAACGAGGACCUCGACGGGACGCGCAAGAAGCGGACUUCGCCGCUGACAGCGCGUACUCUCGAGACGCUCAUUCGGCUGGCGACGGCGCACGCGAAGGCGAGGCUGUCGACGGAGGUGAAGGCGACGGACGCGAAGGUCGCGGAGGAGAUCCUGCGCUUCGCGCUCUUCAAAGAGGUCCUCCGCCGGCAGCGCCGGAAGAAGCGCAAACUGAACAGCGGCGGGGUCGACGCGGUCGGCGACGAGGACGACGAAGACGGCGAGGAGGGCAGCGACAGCGACGAGGAGGAAGAGGAGGUCGAGGCCGCCGCGACCAAGCGCAUGGACAUGCCGAAGGGCAAGGGCGUGUCGCCGGCUCCGGCGCCGAUCGCAGACGCGGACGCGGGCAUGGACUUCGACGGGACGCUCCGUCCGGAACGGCUUGCGCUCUGGCGGCGGCGCGUGGCGGAGAUCUGGCGCGACGCGCUGCGGGACGAAGACUCGGUAUACCUCUCCACGCUCCUGCCGAUGGUGAACGAGGGCUUGGCGGACGCCGCGCUGUUUGGGACCGCGGAGGCCACCAAGGCGUGCGACGUUAUGACGGCGGACAGCGAGCUCAUGCUCAGCGAUGGUGUCGUGUACAGGAUCUGA